CGCUCAACUCGAACCAACUCAGCAGGCUCACCAACAAUCUUCAGGAAACAUCGUAACAUCACAUUUCGAAGUCUCGGACACCCACCCCCAUCUUGCGAACGGCCAAUACGUCCACUGGUGGCAACCGGAGGUUCGACACAAUGAGCGUGUUGUUUGAAACCAGCUUAGGGGAUCUAGUCGUCGAUCUAGAGGUCGAAUUGUGCCCGAAAACGAGCGAAAAUUUCCUGAAACUAUGCAAGAUUUAUUACUACAAUUUCUGCUCAUUUUUUAACGUACAGAAAGACUUCAUUGCUCAAACCGGAGAUCCCACUGAUCUUGGAACCGGUGGCGAAUCUAUAUAUGCCCGACUCGAACGAAGUGAUUCGCAUCCAGACUAUGGCAACCGGUACUUCAGAUCAGAACUAGCGACCCAAAAGGCGCACAAGUCGCUCAAUCAUGGUCGACGCGGGACGCUGGCGAUGGCCGUCUCCGAAGGGAAGUGUGCGAGCCAAUUCUUCUUCACGCUUGCGGACGGACUGAACGAGCUAGAUGGCAAGCAUGUGGUCUUUGGCCGACUGGUUGAAGGCUUCGAGACCUUGGAGCAGAUCAACAAUGCCUUGGUUGAUGACCAGGGUCGGCCACUACGAGACAUCCGAUUACGACACGUGAUCGUCCUCGACGACCCCUUCGACGACCCACCCGGGAUCCUUAUUCCUCCCCAAUCACCAGCCGAGCCUUCGAGCCAUCAGGGGAAAGUGCUUCGCGUCGGGGACGACGAAGAACUCGACCAAGAGCUCGAUCCGGAGGUGGUCGAAGAACGGCGGCGGGAGCGGGAAGCUCGAGCUCAAGCGCUGACGCUCGAGAUGGUCGGUGAUCUACCCUUCGCCGAGGUCGCCCCUCCCGAAAACAUCCUCUUCGUUUGCAAACUCAACUCGAUCACUCGCUCCGAGGACCUCGAAUUGAUCUUCAGUCGCUUCGGAACUAUCCUGAGCUGCGAAGUCAUCAAAGACGCCAAGACCGGCGACAGCCUUCAGUAUGCAUUUAUUGAAUUCGAUCAACGUGAAGAUGCUGAACGGGCGUACUUCAAAAUGGAUGGCGUCCUGAUCGAUGAUCGUAGGAUCCACGUUGAUUUCUCACAAUCAGUAUCCAAACUACAUUCGGAUUGGAUUUUCAAGAGGACAGGGAAACGAGUGAAGCCGAACCAGACCUACGAACAGCGCCCCAAGAAACGGCAGCCCUCGGAAAGAUCUCCACCACGUGCAAGGCGUGAUUCGAAGUAUGAGAUGUCAUUUGAUGACGCCGAUCUGAUAGAGCGUUCUGCGCGACGUUCUGACCAUCGAAGACACGAUGAUCGACGCCCACAUUCCAGCAGGGACCAUAGAUCCAAUCAUCGUCAAGAUUCCAGAGCCCAUCAUGACUCCAGACACGAUCAUAGCAGACGUCGAUCUAGAAGCCCCGCCCGCAGACACCGGUAGCAACACUCAUCUCCCCUCCCCCUCACUUGUUCGUUAUCUCCAGGUGAUCCCACAAGACAGCGUUCAUCCAUCGCAUUCAGUUCUCAGUGAAACCGAUAAAUCUCCAAUCCAAAUAGAGGCAUCGGAUGGCUUUGCGGCAAAUUGUGCCCACCUGCCACAAACCUUCGGGAAACCCACCCCGAUUUAUUUUCUUAUUUUACCGUUUGAAUGGAUUGUGUCGCAACGUCCUCGGACAAAAAAAAGAACGUUUUUUUGCCAGGAACAUCAUAUUCCGAUCGCGCGCCUAACUUCUCAAGUGACAAUGAGACCAAAACUGAUAUGCUUGCUUUAUUUACACGUCCGCAAAAAAAUCACUUGUACCGGCUCUUGUUGUAUGUUUACCAAACGCCUCCGCCAAUUCCUGAAAGAAAAAAAAAGCAUUCAUCCAAAUCUACUACUGAGGGAUGUGGAAAUGACGCCCCCUGGUUUUCAGUGGGGAGUGGGUUAUUCUCGGGCAGUGUGUCCAUGCUUUCUUCUCUCCGAUGUAAUCUAUGGACAUCGCUUUGGACUCAGGAUCAUCUCUGAUGUGAGACUAUUUCGUGAGCACGAAAGAGUAAAGAUGUACUAGAACAUGUAGAUCUACUUGACUUGUGCAGUGAAAGCGUCAUU